CCCAUCAGCCCUGUAAGAAUGGCGGGGCUUGCACCAACACUGAGCCAAAUGAGUACAAAUGUGAGUGCCGGGAAGGUUUCAGAGGACGCAACUGUGAUAUUGUGGAACAUGCCUGUUUGUCGUCCCCGUGUAUGAACGGAGCCACCUGUGUAGAAAACCCAACAGGCUUCAGCUGCAUCUGUGCCGACAGAUGGACCGGAAACACCUGCGCAGAUGUGGUGAAGCAGUGUGAUCGGAGCCCUUGUGGCCGUGGAGCCACAUGUCAGGAGGCUCCCGGAGGUUACCGGUGCCUCUGCCCGCCUGGAUGGACCGGCAGGACGUGCCAGCUGGACACCAAUGAGUGUGAACUGAGUAUAUGUGUCCACGCCCGCUUUUGUCGCAACCUGAUCGGUGGAUACCUUUGUGACUGCCUCCCUGGAUGGACGGGGCCUAACUGUGACAUCAGGAACAGCAGCUGUUGGGGUUUGUGUUUGAACGGCGGACGUUGUGAGGAGCACAUGUCAGGGUCCAAAUGCAUAUGUCCACCUGGUUUCUCAGGGAAACAUUGCCAAAACAGCUCAAGUCCCUGUGAGAGCGCCCCCUGCCUGCACGGAGGACAGUGUGUGGAGAAGGAUGGGACGACGGCUGCCUGUAUAUGUUCCACAGGAUAUUCAGGAAUUUUCUGUGAGGUUGUGUUGGAUCUGUGCAAUCCUAAUCCCUGCCAGCAGGGGUUACCCUGUCACAGCACAGAGGGCAGGUACAUGUGUGCCUGUCCAGAGGGUUACUAUAGUAACGAGUGCAUGAGUCUCAGAAAUCCCUGCAUUGGUCCGGACUGUUCAGGUGCCAUGUCUGACACGACACAUGGGGGUGUCAGCUUCUUUAUGAUCCUGGUGGGAGCCUUGGCUUUGGUGACAGUGUGUGGCUGUGUGGCCUGCGCCUUCAUCCUUUCCCACCUCCAUCGGAAGCGGAAAAAGCAACAGGCCAUCCCACAGGAAGAAGGCAUCAACAACCAGAGGGAGUUUGUCAACCUCAUCAGGAACGUGGACCGUCCCAUGCCACUCAUGUCCACCACCACUGCUCCUCUCACACACCCUCCACCUCCUGCCCCCAUCUCACAUUGCUAUGAGGAGAUCGAACUGACACUGCCACCUUUUCCAGCCCCCUCACACCCCUCUCCGGCACUAAAGCCAGCCCAUGCCCCCAAACUGGACAUUUCAAACCGAAUUGGAGAUGGCUAUCAGCACAUGGCUGAGAAGUGA